AUGUACAAGGGACAUAAGGGAAAGCCUACAGUCAUUCUAGAGGCAGUGGCAACACAGGAUUUGCGAUGUUGGCAUGCAUUUUUUGGUCUUCCAGGAUCUCACAACGACAUCAAUGUGCUGCGCCGCUCUCCUAUUUUUGAUGAUUUGGCAAAUGGCAAAACACCACCUGUUAACUUUGAUGUCAAUGGUAACACUUACACCCUUGGGUACUACCUGACUGACGGGAUUUAUCCUGAUUGGGCGACCUUAGUGAAAAGCAUAAGUUGUGUAAAGAGUAACAAGCAGUCGGUGUUUGCAUCACAGCAGGAAAAAUGCCGCAAAGACAUAGAGAGAUUUUUUGGAGUACUUGUAGCCAAGUGGAAGAUUUUGCAUAAUGCUGCUCGUUUGUGGAGUCAGCGUGACCUCAACACCAUUGUGCUGGCCUGUGUCAUCCUACACAAUAUGGUGGUGGAGGAUGAACGUGGAGUUGAUCUUCCAAGCGUGCACGUGUCAGAGUGGCCAGGUGCAGCUAACCCUCCAAUAACUACAAGCAGAUCAAUGCCUACAAUUGAGGAGGUCAAUGAAGCUUAUUCUUUGAUCGAAGAGAAAUCCACUGCCCAGCAACUAAAAAAAGAUCUUAUUGAACAUAUGUGGGAAUUGUAUGGGUCGAAGUCUGGACCAUUUGCCAAAGAGUCAGUACAUCUGAACUAA